GCCAAAACAAAACACAAACAUUCAUCACUCUUUUUCUCUCUUCAAGCCAUCAUGGCAACCACAACCCGAGAUGAAUCCGAUUACGAAAGUAGUUGCUCAUCCAUCACCGUGCCGGAAUCCAGCCGGAGUUGGAUGAGCAACGUGAGCUUCGGCAGUCGCCGGAGCUCUAUCUCCGGCGACCCGUCUCACAAACCACACAAAGCAAACCAAGCCGCUUGGGAAGCCAUCAAGCGGCUUCGGUUUGAAAAAGGUGGUCAAGUGAGUUUAGAACACUUUAAAAUCUUGAAACGGGUCGGGUCGGGUGAUAUAGGGAAUGUUUAUCUAUGCCAGAUCCGAAACCCGGUUGUGGGCUUACCGAAUAGUUAUUAUGCAAUGAAAGUGGUGGAUAGAGAGGCGUUGGCGAUUCGGAAGAAGUUGCAAAGGGCGGAGAUGGAGAAGGAGAUCCUUUCGGGUUUGGAUCACCCGUUUUUGCCCACGCUUUACGCCGAGUUUGAUGCUUCUCAUUAUUCUUGCUUGGUUAUGGAGUUUUGUCCCGGUGGUGACUUGCAUGCUGCCCGGCAACGCCAGCCCGCGAAGUGUUUCAACAUUUCGUCAGCUAAAUUUUAUGCCGCGGAAACGUUGCUAGCACUAGAGUAUCUACACAUGAUGGGCAUAGUUUAUAGAGAUCUAAAGCCGGAAAACGUGCUUGUUAGAGAAGAUGGUCACAUAAUGCUUUCGGAUUUUGAUCUCUCACUAAAAUGUGAAGUUGUGCCCAAACUCGUCCGGUCCAAACCCGACCCGUCUAGACAAGUUACCCAUGAUGAAGAUGAACAUGACCUAAAAUGUUCAACACCCUCUUGUGUACUCCCAAUUCAACCUGUCCUCUCUUCAUGUUUCUCAUUCCGAAAAAACAAAACCACCCCUACCACCACCAUAAUAACCGAAAAAAUCGAGUUUCAAGAAUGUGACACCGAGUUAGUGGCUGAACCGGUGAACGCUAGAUCAAAGUCAUUUGUUGGAACCCACGAGUACCUCGCCCCCGAAGUGAUCUCAGGUCAGGGUCAUGGGGGCGCGGUCGAUUGGUGGACCCUAGGGGUUUUUUUAUAUGAAUUAUUAUAUGGUGUCACACCCUUUAAGGGUGAGAAUAAUGAGAAGACACUUAUCAACAUAUUGAAGAAACCAUUAACUUUUCCAAGAAUUGGUGUGAGUACAAGUAAAGAAUAUGAAGAAAUGGUGAAGGUUCAAGACCUUAUUGCAAGGUUGCUUGUAAAGAACCCUAAAAAAAGAAUUGGAAGUUUAAAGGGUUCAAUAGAGAUUAAAAAGCAUGAGUUCUUUAAGGGUGUGAACUGGGCCUUGAUUAGGUCAGUUAGGCCCCCAGAGGUCCCAAGUGAGAUGAUGAAGGUGAGAAAUAAGGUAGUGGUGCCCAAGCUAAUGAGCAAAAAACAAAGAGAUGCACCUUUUCAAAUCCCUAAUAAUAAUCAUCAUUUUGAUUAUUUUUAGAAAUAUUAUGUAAAUAAGAACUAAUUUUAGGCUAAUCUUGUUUUU